AUGCAAGUGUCAGAGACGGAUUUGUUGGCAGCAAUUUCAGAGCGAGAGACGUUCUUAGCCCAACUUUUCAAUUGUAGACUGCAGCAACGCCAGAUUGAAAGUUUUGCCAUUCAAGAUGCUGCUCCGGCACAACCUGACUUUGAAGCCACAGUGGUCUCCAAAAAGCAAGAGACCAACAAAGGAAAGCGGGAUUACGCAACACGUCGGAAAGAGGAGGUGCAAUUUCUGGGUCGGACAGUUUGCGUCAGGGCAUGUGCCCGGAAACUCCCGGUGCAUCCAACAUUUGGCUUUGCGAUGAGGGGCGAUGUUGCCGAAAAGUGGCCUUCCGUCGUCAUGUUCCUUUGGUUCGUGUACCAUUCGGCCGCUGAGUGCAUGCCGACGGAUUCGCUGCAUAAGCUCAAGAAACCAGAGGCGAUCAAAGAGGCCGCCUUUGUUGAGGACCGUGAUCCAGACUUGAGUGCCAGGCACAUCAACCACUUUGUUCGAACAUUGCAAACUUACAACAGCGACAUCGAAGUGCACCUCAUCGGACCAGGAAGUUUUAAAGGAGAGCGCCGAUAUUUACAGCAUGGUAGCAGGUCUAUUGGUCACUGCGAAGUUUCAGCCAGUGUUGGUUUCAGCAAGAUGUUGGCCAGAGGCCACGAGGAUGUGGAUCAAGCUUUCUCAGUCCAAGCCGGGGUCAUUGCCAGAAAUGUUUUCGACAACCCUUCUGAGUUGAUAGAGAUUCUGGACAGUAUGGGCCGGGCAGGUGGCGAGGCUGAGCAACUGAGGAAGCAGCAGAAAGUCUCACGAGUUGAUUGCGAAGCAUACAAGCUUGAUGAAGCAGCGCAAUGGAAAGACUGGGUUUCCAUGCUGGGCAUUCGGGUGAAGGGUUUGCGAAGGGUCGGGCAGAUCCGAAUCAGCAUGCGGAAGGACAUUGAUCCCGGGUCCUAUGGGAGAGUUGCUGUUGAAGAGAUUCGCGGGAGCCAGUCUGCCGGAGAAGACAUUUUGCUCUUGGCGAAAAAGUUCAUGGCCGAUCCUGCUCGAGGUCGUGAGCGCCAUGUUGAUUUGAGCAUUGCAGAGGAUGAUGAUGGUGAUUCAGGUUCGGACGAGGCUUACCAGAGCGGCAAAGAUGAAGAUGAGGCUGGCUCUGACAUGAUGUUUGAGAGCGAAGAUGAAAGGAGUGUGCAGAACGGCACUGAUGGAGCCGGAGAUGGUGAGGUCGACAGCUACGUGCAGUGGGCAUUUACUGCGCACAAGAAUUCCUGCCUUGUAAGCUCAUUCCAAUUCGUGCCGGCCUUUCUUUGCGAGUCGGAGCAGUGGAAGGCAGACUACCUGUGCAAGGCUUUCCCAGAUUGUCCUGUCAUUUUCAGAGACAUGAAGGAGUUGGGCCAAGGACAUGCGCAUGAUGUUUUGACCGGGAAGAAAAUCAAAGUCCCGACCGCUGUUGGAUUGGUCGCUGGAUACCCCUGCUGUGGAAUUUCGGCGCAGAAUCCCAAUCCGCAGAGCUUCCGCGACAAGGGGUCUUCUACAGGGGGUGGAUAUCAUGCCACAAUGCGGUAUGUGCAGAAUUCCCCACAAAUCCAGUGGGUCUUACUGGAAAAUGUGCAGCAGAUGUUCCACACCCGUCGAAAAUUUGGCAACGAAAAGCCCAUGGACAUACAAACCGCUGCCAUGAAGAAGCUUGGCUUUGGAUGCGCCUUUGCCUUGCUGCUCAACAGUUCCGAGUUUGGGCUUUGUCAAAGUCGGGCGCGGGCUUGGGUGCUUUAUGUCCGAGGGACAAACGUCAGGCCUGGCAAUGCUGAAGAUUUGGUGCGCACUUUGCAGAUCAAUGCCAAGCAGCUGGGUUUGAGCAGUUUCUUGCGAGAUGCCGAUGCUGCUGGUGUCGGGUGUGAUUCCGUUCAGGCCAAGAAGAGCACGCGGCAAGGUGAGAAGUGGAAAGCUGGCUUUAAGUCAUGCUGUGAGCGCUUGGGGUCCGACGAAGUUGAUCGCAACCUGAAAAAAAUCUUGGUCCUCACAAAGAACGCCGUUCUCUUGACUGAGAGGGAGAUAGCCUUGCUAGCUGAAAAGGCUUUGUUCCAGGGAGUGGGUCCUCGCGAGUACAUGCGUUACAAAAUGUCCGAUCUGUCGCCGCACCAGCUGUCAGACAUGGUCGGGAAUGCGAAAAGGUCAAAGGGUGGGCUCGGCGCAGCAGCGCCGGCCGCAAGCUCUGGUGUGGCGCAGGGCGAUGUUCCUUUGCCUUCCUCGAUGAACAUGGUAGGUGAUGAUGGUGCUUACCCCUUUCCGAUUUUGGGAGGGGGGACUUUUAUGGAAAUCGCUCAGCGAGCACAGUCCGGUGAGGAAGGCGCGUGGUUGCUGAAGGAGAGUGCCGAGAUGUGCUUUGCUGCCGGCUACUUGGAAACUGCAGACCCGGAGGAGCUGAAGGUGUGGCCACCAGAGUUGGGCCUUCAAUUCAGCACGAGCGUCUUGUGCUGGAGCUUUGCAGACGAGAGCUUCUGGAGGGGCCGGUCUGUUGGGAUGUCCGAGAUUGUGUCCUACGCCAAGUCCAUGGCUGUCACAAGGUUCCGUGAGGGUGAGUUGGUCGUGGCACGGUUCUUGCAAUGGCCGCCGGAACCUUUGGGUGAUGACCAGUCCUUAUUUGGCACUUUGUACUUCGGAGAUGGAAGUCAAAAGAUGUUAGCAGCAAUGACUGUCUGGAUUGCCUUACUUCUUUGCUGGCGGCACCAUGGAAGUGAGGGGCUCCAGGACAAGUUUGCUCAAGCCAUGGUGGCCUCCUUUCUCAGCAUCCCCAGCAUUGUCAAGGCAACUGAUGCCAGGGGAUCCCAGUUAGAAUCGAUCAUCAACCGCAUUGUGUCUCAGAACUUGGCUGCAAAAGUGCAACCGGUAUCAUCUUUCGCUUGGUCCUCGAUCCUGAAGGCUGCGACCGGAGACCGAGUUCACCAGACGACCUUUGAAGAUGCCCUGCAAAUUUACAACUCCCACCCGCAGGUUUUGGCACACGACCGGUCGGACACUGGCACGGGGUCAAUCUCAUUGGAUGCCAGGAAAAAGCAAGGAGUGAGGCAUUGGAUGAAUUCAACAGGGACUGAAGCGUACGAGGAGGUCCUCAAAUCAACCCACGACCUGCCCUUCAAUUUAGGUCCUUUUGGUGAAGCAUUCAGCUUCACGAAGUCUUGCUUCAUUGGAUCGACCAGCGGAUUGGAGGUUUGCAGUGAGACCGACGCAGUUUCCUUCCCAAUGGAAGGUGAGGCCUUCGUAGAAGUUGACUGGUCUUUGCCCAUGACUGCUGCUUCUCAGCACCUGUUCUUCCAGAAAGUUCGGGGCAAGUUUGCAAGGGCCACGGUUGGCAUUGGCGCAGCGCAGAAGAAGAAGUACAGGCUCAGUCCAGAUGAGCUUACCCGUGUUCGGAAUGUCUCGGUUUUCUUCAGCCAAGUAUGGUCCUUCCUCUCAGCCCGAAUUCCGGAGAUCGAGGCCACCCAGCUUCGAAAUCUUUUCAUUGAAGGCACGUCUGAGGACCAAGAUUUCCUGCACCUGUUGGACUCCAGGCCAUCCAAGUUUGCCUUGAGUAUGCUCAGAAGCCGGACAGAAGAAUCCCGCAAGCAAGAAGCUGAGAAACAACAGAUGAUUCACAGUGAAGUGGCGCAGCAGCGCGAAGCAGUGACACAGGCUCAAUGGGCGUGGUUUUGUUCCGCCUUGAAAGCGGAUCAGUCUUUGCUUCAAGUGGUCAACCGUGUACCAGCUCAAGUCAAAGCAAAGCUCCAUGCCAAAGUUGUCCAAAGGAGGAAAGAGCAAGCAGAGUCUGGCGAGAGAGCGACGAAAGGGUAUCAGGAGGCUUACUUGAGGGUCGUUUCAGUCGCCAAGAUGGAAUUGAUGAUGGCAGAGGUUUCAAAGAUGAAAGCUCAAGUGGCUUCCGACGCAGGAGUCAAUGGGGACAAUGUGGCCAUCCUUGGCAUGUGCGAUUUCAACGCACCUUAUGCAAGAACGAAGGACAAUUGUGCUGCCUUGUGCAGAGGAAUUUCUGCCCUGAACGAAUCCAAUCCACAGAAGGCCGCUUGCUUGGUAGUGAUGCCGGAUUACGCUCGUGAAAGCAGUCCCAGAGGUUUGUGGGACGAAGAACGCCAAGUGAUGGAAGAGCUCUUCAGCCUCAACCAAUCUUGCGAUUGCAGAUGGAUCGACCUAUAUGCCAGGGAGUCCAAGAAGGCUGACAUGCGUUCCAAUUCUCGCAAGUUUGGCUCCGGGAGGAUGGUGGUUUCAGCUACUUCUCAGGAAGACAACGUGUGGAUGGGAGGUGAGUUGGCCGUUUACGGCCGUGUUGUCGGUCCAAACGAGCUGCAGGAUGGUGGUUCUCCGUUGGCAGUGCUGCCGCGAACAGACAAUGUCCGCAUCUCCGAUCGCUUACGACCAAGCAACGAGCAACUAUCGGCACAAAAAGGGGCCCAAAGACUUCAAAUGAUUUUGGAAAGUGCCUUGCGUCAUUGCAAGUUUGACGCGGUCCUCGUGGUGAACUUAACUGGAUACGUGGAGGAGCUGGCAGUGGCGGUCAUGAACUUGCGUCUCAAGCAGACAAUGGCAGGAGAAGGAGCUUUUGUCAAGCUGAACAAGUUGUACUACCUGAGUGUCCACACCUUGGACAAUGCCGAAAGUGUGCGUUUUGCGAAGAACCGUGUCGGCCGGGAGCUUCUUGAUUUGUGGGUUGACAAGAAGAUUUCGUUUGGUGGACUGGCCUUUGAUGAGAAGCAGGAGAUUGAAGGCAGCAAGUAUGUAGAUGCCCCGGACACUUUGGAGAUGAAAGUGCUGGUGAAGUCGGGUCACGACUUCAAGAUUCACCCUGACCAAGUUCGCCAAUGGACCAAUAUUGGUGGAGAGGUCACCGCCCAGUUUGAAAAGCUGCAAAAAGUCCAUGAAGAUCAGUAUCAGAGCCUCUUGAAGAACAUCAUCCAGCCAGGCCCAUCUCCGAGCGUUGACGCCGCGGCUGCGGCGCAGGAAGAGAACAAGGAGGAGGAUGGGGGCGCGGUUGUUGCUCCAGAAUUCCAGACCUUUGAAUCUGUGGCGAAGCUUCAAGAGUCAGAGGAGAUCCUCACUCGUUGCGCUUCUGAGGUGACGGGCAUCGAGAUUGUGAAAACGAAGUCUGGCAAAGUGUUCCUUGUUUCCGAGAAGAAACGGAUCCUGCCCAAGCACACAUUGCUGGGCGGGUUUGGAACGGGAAAGUGCCUUGGUUGGACGCAUGCCUUGCCCAUCAGGGAUUCCCAACGUAUUCCAGAUUCAGCUGCGAAGGGGCUCUCAAGAAACCAACACAGGUAUCAGCCUUUUGAUCCAACUGCAACAGAAGAAGAGUCCAAGUGCGUCAAGCUGUCUUGGACUGAAGGAGACCGAACGGUGAUACAGAUCGACAUGAGCACGCUUCAGCCAGAUUCGACAACGUUCGAUACAAUGUCGGUCUACAAGUACCUGCUUCUUCUUGAGAAGCACAAAAAAGUGACGGCUUAUGACCUGUCUUACACGCAGUGUUCCAGAGUGUCCGGUUCUGAAGGUUUCAACAUUGCCCCUAAGGAUCUGCAUGUGUACAAAACCAUGCCAGACUUGACCAAGCCGCUGACAUGCAAGUCAGUGUUUUGGGAUUGUGCUCUGUCCGUGAAGAAGAGCCACGGACUUUUGGAUGUUUUCCGUUACCGGUUUGACCGCGUGAAUGCGGUCACCAAGGUUCAGAAGCCAUACGUUUUCUCAAAGGUUGAACAUUUGGCUUGGAGGACGGGAAAAAAUCAUGGCCAGCUGAUGGCUUCGCAGCCUUCGCUCAAAGAUGCCGUACGCAAGGAAGUCAGGAGAUUGCUUGACCGAGAUGAUUUUAACAGCGACUCUGGGGCAGACUUGGCUCUUGAUGCUUUUGAGACCGCUGCAGCAGAGAGUCUUCAGGGGAACCGUGAACCUUCCCCAGAAUGUCGCAGUGACAAGGCCCCUGCAGAGACUCAGAGGAAACCUCAACUUGAUGGUUCCCCUCUAUCUGCAGAGUCGAUGUUUGGUGAGAUCAUAGUCUCUGAAACAGGUGCGGCUCCAUCAAGCCCAGCCACUGUCAGCCCAUUGGUGCCGCAGACCAGGGUGGACCCAGAGGUCCCAUUGACCAACAAGGAUCUUGACGCCAAGAAGACCACGGUGGAGCCAGAGGUCCCGCUGAGCAACAAGGAUCUUGUCGCCAAGAAUGGCGGCCAUCAGAAACCAGACCAAGAUAACAAAGUCGCCAAGGGUGGUCUUGCUAGUAGUGGCAGUAUGGAGUUUUAUGCCACUGAGUCUGAGGCUGGACAUGAUGAUGAAUCAGAGAAGCCACUCCCCCGCAAGGGUAUGAAAAGGCCAGCAGCAGCACAACCAGAAAAGACCAACAAGAAACCGGCAGCUUCUUUUCGAGGUCUCAAGCGGCCGGCUGCUGCCGUCAGCCCAGACAAGGAGAAGGAGGCUGCUGAGUCCGAGGCAGGUCUCAUGCCACCGGCUGCUGAGGAGGUUACUGCCACCCCAGAAAAAGAGGAGGAAGUUCGUAGUGAUGCAGGUCUCAAGCGGCCGGCUGCUGCGCCAGCCAAGAGUGCCAAGGUUUCCACGAAAAAGCAACCAAUCAGCUCUUGGCCUUGGACUGAUGUGGAGGGACAGCAGCACUGCAAGGAGAUUGUUUGCGGAGAUUGGGAGGUGAAAGAGUAUGUCCGGAAAAGUGGCAAUCUUCAAGGAGAAGCUUACCGACUGUAUCAGUACCAGCCGACAGGAUCGAAUCUGAAAUUUUCCUUGAGCUCCAGCGAUGCGGCAAAAAAAUCUUUUGCACAGGGUGAGAAUUUCACAACUCACGGCAGAUCCACUUUGUGCGGUGCGAUGAUGUUUGAGAAUAUGCUGGCCUUCGUUGGCAAAGAUUUGGCUUUGCAGAUUUUUUCACGUACGUCCAGCGACAAAGACUUGCCCGGCCACACAUCUGUGGCGUCGAUCCAUGCGAGCAAUUUUUCAGUGGAAGCUGAUUCCAUUAUGAUCAAGGUCGACCCAGCUUUGACUGUGCACGACCAUUCCCGGCUUGAUUACGUUACAGCCAGGAACGUGGAAGAUGGCAGCGCAUGCCUUACUGCAAGGGUCAAUGUGUGCUACCACAAGUUUAAGAGGACGGACGAAGGUGGUUGUAAGAUUGAAUCGAUGGUGCCGACCAAAGAGUGGAUGUCCAGUGCCAUUCAUAUGAUGAGACUUCCUGAUAGCCUGGUUCUUGGGUACAAUAGGAUCCUGUUUCGCGACUACUUGUACCGCUUCGAACCGGAGGUCAACCAGAUGUUUUUGACCAGUGAGAAAGAUGAUGGCCUACCCGGCACAGGGUCUUGCUGUAAGUUAUAUGGGGAGGACUUCAACAUGGAAUGCAGCAUGGUGGGUUUCAAGGCAGACCCCAAAUUGUCCAUCCGAGACCCCAGUUCCUUUGGUGUCCGUGACUUUGCAGUGAAUCUCCCUGGUGAGCCUCAGGAUGAACGUCGAUGUGUUCUCGUGGAGGCCGUGCUCCGCCCCGCUCGUCGUGGCGGGCGCCGGCACCGCCUGCAAGCAGCCCAGUUCACUCAGCGUCGUUGUGCCCGUUGGCUGGCAGGAGAACGCGAAGAGUUGUGGGAUGCCAUGCCUGCCACUCGCCGCAAACGGCCUGAGGAGAUGGAUGAUGAGGAAGCCCGGUCAGCCCGGCAGAGCCGCUGCUGCUCACUGGCCGCCGAGGGCGAGCCUUCCCGAGCCUGCGCCGCCUUGACUUCCCCACCUUUGCUCAACAACACAGCCUUAGCUGCUGUCCCGGAGUUGGGGGUUGAGGACGUGGUGCGAGCCAUCCGCUCUUUCAGUCGAGGCAGUGCUGCUGGGCCUUCCGGCCUUCGUGGCGUCCACCUUCAGGAGGCCCUUGCUUCUCCCCACGGAGAUGAGCUGGCAGUCCAACUGACGGAAGUGGUGCAGUUGUUGGUCCGUGGUGAAGCGUUGCCGGACAUUGCCCAACACCUGGCGGGAGCAGCUUUGCAUGCCUUGCCAAAGGGGGCCCAUGAAGUGCGUCCCAUUGCUGUGGGGGAAACGUUGCGGAGACUCACGGCGAAAUGCCUUUGCUAUGAUGUGCGCGAGCCGGCACGAGAAUGGUUGUGCCCCUUACAAGUCGGAGUGGCCACCCGUCAUGGGACCGAAGCCAUUGUUCACACCGUGCGAAACUGGGUUCAACGGCACGCCGGGCGAGCAGACCAUGUGUUGCUCAAAAUCGACUUCAGCAACGCCUUCAACACGGUCAACCGGGCUUCGCUCCUCCGUGAAACGCGGCUCCGCUUGCCGGGCUUGUCACCUUGGGCAGAGUGGUGCUAUGGUCACCAUUCUCGGCUGCUGUUCCAAGGCUGCUUCCUCGGGCCCUACAGACUCGCGGCCUUCCGUCGUGGUGGCUUACCUGGACGAUGUGUGCAUGGCCGGUACCGACAAGUCAGCGCUGGAUUGGUCCGCUUGACCGCGGCAGCCCGACAAGUUGGCUUACAAGUAAACCCUGCCAAAUGCGAACUGGUGGCUUGUGGGGGGGCAGCAGCCUCAGUGGACCUAGCUUUCUUUCCGAACGGCAUGCCCUUCAACCAAUCCGGCGCCUUCAGCUUGUUGGGUGCACCCAUUGGCGAUGCUGGUUUCUGCAAUGAGUUUACCGCGGCCGAGCGGGUCAACAAAGCGUUGCCACUCCUCGAGGAACUGGCUGUGCUGUGCGAUGCUCAAACCACUUUGCUCCUCCGGCGUCAAUGUGCCUCGUACUCCCGCAUGGUGUACUCCACUCGGGUUACGCCCCCAAUGGGCUUGGCGCCAGCAUUGCAAUCCUUCGACACGGCAGUCCGCGGCUGCCUAGAGGCAGGGUGCAGUGGGCCACUCACACCGGAGGCCUGGAUGCAAGCCUCUCUUUCGACGAGGUCUGGGGGCUUGGGUCUACGAAGCGUGGCCCGGCACAGUGUUGCAGGCUACGCGGCUUCACUCUUGGCUACCGCCCCCUUGUGCAAAGACAUCGAUGGCAACUAUGAUGCAGACCAGGGCGCCGCCGUGCACCAGGUCAACCUCGCGCUCCCACCUGCCGACCACUUCCCGGUCCCAGCCCCCUGGCCGCGCCUGGCCCUGGGCGAGAAGCUUACCGAGCCCAUUUCCAACUCUUGCAGCAAGAAGGGCGGGGCCUGGCUCCACGCUUUUCCAAACGAUGCCCUGGGCCUCCAUGUGGUCACUCCCCUCUUCCUUCGCUUGCCUAUUGCCGAUUCUGACAUGGCUUGCCCCUUGUGUGAUGGCACUUCAGAUAGCUUCGGGGACCACGCCCGUGUGUGCCCCUGCGGGGGCGAUAGGGUCAAGAGACACAACCAGCUGCGCAACAUCCUGGCAGGGCGUGCCCGCGCUGCUGGCUUGCAACCGGAAGUCGAGAAACCGAACUUGCUCCCUCCGCGGCCGGAGCUCCAGGGGGGCACCGAAGAUGGAUCACAGCCUCGUGGAAAUGGCCGUCGCCCAGCUGAUGUCUGGAUCGCCACCUGGAACCUUCAUGGCCCUGCCGCUUUCGAUGUUGCGGUCACUUCUGGCUUGCGGCAAGGCCACCUUGCUGCUUCAGCCGCUGAUGGCAGCAAAGCGAGCAUGGAUUACGAAGGUCGGAAGUGCCACCACUUGGACACGUUGCAGGCCUGUGCCACUGAGGGCCUGCAAUUCAUUCCCCUUGUGGUCGAAGCCUGCGGUGGAGGCUGGGGGCCCACCGCUUUCAAAACGUGGAGGUCCCUCUCGGCCGCUAUCGCUGCCAGGACAAGUGAAAGCAGCUCCGUGGAACUGCAGCGCUUGCUGCAGGCCCUCGGCAUUGCGUUGCACCGGGAGAAUGCCAGGGCCAUAAUGUGGCUGGCCUUUGCCUUGAGUUCCCCAGCGCCCUUUUUCCUGUGGCCGG